CUGUGCUGUGUUAAUGCUGGGGUGGACCAGUGUGUAUGCAUCUGUCCAAGUAUCGCAACAUGAUGGCAUUAUUGAAGUAAAUGAAGAAAACAGAGAUGCCGCAAACAUCCUAUCUCCCAACUCUGCACCUUCAGUUGCCCCUCAAAACGCACCAUGCUUUGUGGAUGACAUCUUGGCAACACUGCGUGAAAGUUUGGAGGAAAAUGGUCACCUAAGAAAUGACAGCUUGACCCAAUUUGCAGUCUGCGCAGAUAAGUCCUUUAUGUUUAUGCAGCUGGCAGAGGAGGCAAGCAGUGAGGACUUGGGUGUCCUGAAUCCAACUGAAGUGCUGCUGAGAGAGGAAGAAAACAAGAUAGUGCUCACAUUAACCUUUGGUCCUACAAAACCUCCUCAAAUGAUGCUAAACCCAGUGUUGCUUCUGCCAUUUGAAAGCAUCUUCAAAACAUCAGACAUUAGUUUAACCAGUCUGCAUUUGAAUCCAAAUACACAGAUUCCCUGUACUUCAGAAGAAUCUAAGUACAUACUGCUCACAGUAAAAGAGGGGCAUUUUCAACCAACAUGGGAGAUUAUGAUACAGAAAACCUCCACUGACACGAAGCAGGAUAUUUCUGACGUUGGAGACACAAGCAGCACAAUCAGCAUUUUUGCACUUCUGCUUUUCUCAGCUCAAAAAGGAACCGAUUCCAGACCUCCAAACAAUGAUCUGUCCCACAACUCAUUCCUUUGUGAGCUGAGACAUUUUCUGGUGCAAUCCUUUCCCCAAGAUCAUGACGCCCCACUUCUGAAUCUGGAGCUUUUGCAGUCCUUGCCCUCUCAGCCUAUUGGCCUGUCCUCCAGUGAGUCUCUCCUGGCAGGCCUUAUCAAUUCAUCUGCCCCCAUGAUCCUGUCCUUCACGCAGGGCUCCAUGCUCCGUGCUCACCAUGAGGAGUUAGCCUUAUCCCCCGCCCUGCUGGAGGAACUCAGACAGAGGCUGGAGGAGACACUGGGGGAUGUGAUGGAGCUGAUGAAGAACAGGGAGGACAGCAAAGCAAGAGGAAGACUGGAGAGACUCAAGGAGCUCUCUGGAUUUCCAUUUGCUGAUCAUGUAGAAGGUAGGCUUCAGUACCGUGCAUUUCUGCUCUUCAAGGCCUUGCAGAUGGCGAGACGUGCUUUCAAUCCACUCAGAGGCCAGCGGUCCACCCGAGCCAACUCAGCCGCCCACUCAGUCUGUGGGCUGAGGAGUCUCACUGUGUCCCUGGAGCGGUACCUCAUUGGUCCCAGCACUGCCAAUAUCAACAACUGCCAGGGUUCCUGCGCCUUCCCCAUGAUCCGGGCCAACAACCACGCCGUGCUGCUCAACGCCCACAUUGAGAGCGGGAACACCAGCGAGCGGCCACCCUGCUGCGUCCCUGUGGCCUACGACAAGAUGGAGGUUGUGGACCUGGGGGAAUUGGGGACUUCCCUCAAAAUUGAACCAGACAUGGUGGCCACAGCGUGUGAAUGCCGUUAAGUGCACUAACUGU